GAAAUCCGUUCCUCUGCCUAAGUAGCUUCACUUCUCAAACAAAGUCAACACCGCCAACCUCACCUCCUUCCCUACACCUCCAUCAAUCGCAUCAAUCAACAGUACAAUGUCCUGGUUCCAAAAAUCCUUCACCCUCCCCUCCCGCUCGCGGGGCAGCUACCUCAUCACGGACCAGGUGCUGUCCGAGCUGCCGGAGAUCCGGGAGUACAAGGUCGGCCUGCUGAACCUGUUCGUGCAGCACACCAGCUGCGCGCUGUCGCUGAACGAGAACUGGGACGAGGACGUGCGGGCCGACAUGAGCGACGCGCUGGACCGCAUCGCCCCCUACGACAAGAAGGGGAACCUGUAUCGCCAUUCCGCGGAGGGGGAGGAUGAUAUGCCGGCGCAUAUCAAGUCCGCGUUGGUCGGGGCUUCGGUGACGAUUCCGAUCACGAACGGUCGGUUGGCGACGGGGACGUGGCAGGGGAUUUGGUAUUUGGAGUUCCGCACGAGUCGGCACUCGCGGAAGGUGGUGGCUACUAUCCAGGGUGAGAAGGCGUGAGUUCGAGGGGUCUAAUGGUGGGUUUGCUGUGAGGGGUGGUAUAUAGCUUCGAACCAACCCAGAAUGGAGAGAUACGAACGA